AUGGCCGAGCCUGAUCUCGUCCGUCCCUCAACGUCGCACUCCGGCGCCUCGGGCUUCCAGAGGAGGUUUCUUCUCUCCAGCCCGGGGCGGCCUCGAACCGCAACUGGCCACAGCGAACCGAAACUUACGUCGACGCCGUCGCCCGCCGGCUUGGCCGUGAGAGUCUGCAUCAAGUUUCAGUCGUCUCUGGACCUCACCUACGAGAGACAGUAUCAGUCCUCCCAUGGAUUCGAGCCGACGGACCAAAUAUGCCAAGCCCUUAUUCGCCGCCUAACACACUGCUCACAUGAGCUGCUCACCCGCAGAGACUCGACCGCCCUCGAGCGGACCAUUCCCCAGAUUGGCGAGGGGAAGCCGCUGCGCUUUGAGCUGGUUUAUCACAUAUACCGAGGAGGUCCGGAACCAUGGGCCACCAAAACCUUCAAGUCGUACCAGAAGUAUCCUAUGGACAGACCGUCCGCCAUGGAGAUCGCCCGCUCCACCGACCGUAUCAUCGGCUCGUUCUUGAAGCUUCACGAUAGGGCUUUUCGAUGGAUGCACGGCAGGACCCACGAGCGGUCCUCGAGCGAUCUGGAGAUCCUUAAGCCCCUCAGCAACCCGGUCUCCCUCCUUCACAUCCCCGAGUCGCGAUUCGUCGAUACGACGCAGGACUGGGAGUUUCUUCCCGGCUACGAGAUCACGCUGUCUUUCCGCAGCCGAUGCAAGUCACGCAGGCAACGGGAAUGGCAACGAACCAUCACGCUCAAGAGCAAACAGAGCUCUCCGCUGACGCUGUCCCAUGGUGAGGAUAUGGCCUGGGUCUUGUCGACAGCAAUGCAACGUGCCCUGGACGCCAGAAAGAUGGCCUUUGACAGACAGCAUCGGUCUUGCAAUAAGUUCGAUCUCCUAGACGAGUGCCGCCAUUCCGAGCAGAGCGCCGUUCACGUCGGAUUCCAAAUACGAAACCAACUCGGACUGGACCACAGGCACCUGCGCCGCGAGCUCGACAGCAACCUCCUCCUCUUUCAGCACCCUGACGGCCUCGACUGCCAGCAGUUUCUGAACCAGCUCGAACACGCCUUUGGCGCGGUCCGCGACGACACGGACAGGGAGCUGAGCGAGAUGGACGACUUUAGGCUCACAGUCUAUGAGCUGUCCGGGCGCGGUUGGAAGGCGGAGAAGCCAUUUGCCGUGUGUCUCGACUCGGCGGCUUGCUAUUCCCGGAGGACCGUCAAAGCCAUCCUGGACAGAGUGCAGACGAGCGUUGCGGAUAUCCUCGGCGGCAACGACAUGAGUAUCACCCUCAUGGCUCACAAGCGUGGCCAUUUGGUCUUUGAUAAGACGCUCGUGGCCCGUUCGCCAUACUACGCGACAGGGCAGCGCCAAGACGAAGACGCCGAGACAGUAAAGAAGCAUUUUGUCUCGAAACUCAGGAACCGAAUCCAGUCCGACAUUGCCAUGGUCGUCAAGGACACGUGCUCUCUCUCCGACUCAGAGCCGCAGAAUAUCCGUGUCAUUGAGCGGCCUGUCCCAGCAGCGAACGACCCUGUCGAGAUGGAAGCUUUGCCUUGCAGCAGUCCGCUCGCCAUCCCGACGCCCAAUGGGGCCGCGCCGGCCUCAUUCGAUGGCAGCAGCUUCACUGAGUCGUCCGAACCUUCGGGUCUGCGAGGUGAAACGCUUCAGGGGGUUGGCGGGGUUGAAACGACGGCCGAAAGCGUCAAUGACACCGUGGGGCCGUCGCAGCAGCCUGAAACCCCGGUCAAGGCAAUCGGCUUCAGGGACGAGGGCGACUUUUCUUCCCGAAGCCGUCUGUCCUUCUCCUUGACCGAGGACGGGGAGACUGCUACAUAUCACUCGUCGUCGUCCACCCCGAGUCUCGUCGACGGAGAAGUUGCAACGCCCCACGACAGCCUACUAGUCACGCCCACAUUUAUGCGAACGCUUUCUGGAACCCCUCAGCACUUCCCGAACAUCGCGAGCUCAGAGACCUCGUAUACUGACUUGAUGGAGGAUUCCCUGGCAGGGCCACCGACGCCGACGAUGCAGCGCUUCAACGGACCGCGGCAGUUCAGCCUCAUGGGCAAAGGCAGCCGCUCCGUAUCGCGGCAGUCUCUGGUGUCGAUUGACUCGGGAUCCGAGCAGCGGUCGUUGACCGACUCUGAAGCCUCCCCUUCGCCUGCAUCUGAUGACGCUGUCGUACAGGUCGAGGAAGUGGCGUCCGAGUCUGAGGUCGACCCCGAGUCCGCUCCCGCACGUUCGCCAGCGCUACCUGAUGCAAAUGUCGAACCAGCCACCGUAGAGCCUGUUCUCGAGGGCUGGUUGGAGUACUGCUGCGUCCCGGUUGGUGCUGAAGAGCAAGCGGCCGAAUUGGAGCCGGAGCCGGCGCUCAAAGCUGAGGUGCCUCAAAACACCCAGUCAACGCCGGAAGAACCGGCGAUUGUCAUCACUCCUGCCGAGAUCCGUCCCAGGCCAAUCACUCCUCCGAGAUCCUUUGAGGGCUUCCUGGAAUACGCCAUCGAAACCAUCGUCGAGGAAGAAGAGGGGGAAGAGGAUUCUGACGCAGAGUUCCAUGACGCGGACUCCACGUCUGCCAUGGCUGUCAUGUCGAGCCCCUCAAGCUUCGCAACCGCCACGGAGAUGGGCCUCAACUCCCCAACCAACUUCGAGCAGGGAGCCCCCUCCCCUCUCAUUCUCGACUCCGCGACGCCCUCGCCUAAUCUCCUUGACUCCGCAUCACCAUGUUUCGACAACUUGGCGAAGCGCGAGUCUGGCCGUGUGGUUGAGGAUGCUGCAUCCGCUCAUGGUUCGGCUGUCAAAGCCGAUUCUUGUACGUCUUCCACUAACACGAUCGAACCUACCGUUUCCGCUCCAUGUGUUCCCGAGGCAAGCGAGCCUCCUUCUUUACCUGAAGCCACUAAGGUGUCUUCUCCUCAAGUUUUUGAGGCUGCUCUUACACCCGAAGCUUCUCUUAUCCUUGAACCGUCUGAGCCUUGCACAUUCGAAGCUGCUGAGCCUUGUCCUGCCCUUGAAACCACCGAGCCGUCUCUGCUGCUCGCGGAACCCCCCGAAACGACCCUUGAUUCUUCUGAGGAGGCUCCCUGGGCUCCAUCUUCCCUGACCCUGACAGAGUGCCAGUCCGUCUCGUCGGGCGUCUCGCGCAUGCCGACGUCAGACUCGGCGAUCUCGUUCAGCGACAAGGACGAUGAGGAGACCCGGGAGCUGUCCACCCCUCCACCCUUGAUGACUGAGACUGAGGACUCGGACUACUCAGAACCCCCCGAGCCCGUCGUGCCGUUCUCCGAACACUCCGUUCGUGACACCGACGAAGCCGACACAGCCGCCAUCCACGACGAUAUGACGCCGUCAAUGUCCCUCUCGCACUGGUCGCCGCGCGCGUCCUUCUUCCUCCCCGACGAGGCAAGCGACAGCUACUUCUCCCACAUGCGCAAGCUCUCCAUCCCACGCCCGCUCUUCUCCCGCCCCGACUCAGGUGUGACGCCUCUCGGCCGCAGCCCCUUCUCGCACAAGCGGCAGUUCUCGUCGCCCACGGCGGGGUUGUUCGGCCUGCACGAGCCGCGGCGCCUCGAUAUCGGCCUCCGCGGCGCGCUGCUUGGCUUCGUCGCGCUGCAGAAGCAGGGCCGGCUCGAGCGACGGUCGUCGCAAGUGCUGCUGAGGCUCGAGAACGAUCGGGGCAUGGUCAUCGUGCCCGGGGGCAGCCGGCGGAACAGCGAGACACGGGGGAUUGGCGGGGCCGGAUUCUUGGGGCUGGGCAACGUGUACGCGUUGUAA